CCAUCGCCGGCUUCCGUACUGCACUACAAUUCCGCCGUGGACUACAUUCCCCAUGAGUGACGCGAGGAGCGCCGCCGAACUCUCCUCAACACACAGACGAGACUAGCAGUCACACAACCCCGUGAGGAAGAUGAGGGUGAAGGAGAUCCUCAGGACGGCCACACAGGCGUGGAGUCCUGCCAGACAACACCCGGCCUACCUGGCCUUAGGCACCGCAGCGCAGCAGUUAGACGCCUCCUUCAACACCAGCUCUGCCCUGGAGAUCUUCGAUAUGGAUUUUUCAGAUACGUCAAUGGACAUGAAGCUCAGAGGAACUCUGGCCACCUCCAACAGGUUUCACAGUCUGAUCUGGGUGGCGUUUGGUAUGGAUGUCCAGCCGUCGUCGGGUCGUCUCAUCGGAGGCAGUGAGAAUGGUAGCGUGACCGUCUUCAAUCCCGACGUGAUUCUGACCGCAGGAGAGGAUGCUGUGAUUGGCCAGUCUAAUAAACACACGGGACCUGUUCGAGCCCUCGACUUCAACCGCUUUCAGAGUAAUCUGAUCGCAUCAGGAGCCAAUGACUCAGAGAUCUACAUCUGGGACCUGAACAACUUCAGCAAUCCAAUGACUCCCGGCACAAAGUCACAGCUCUGUGAGCCGGCGGAGGACGUGAGCGUGGUGGCCUGGAACAGUCAAGUGCAGCACAUUCUGGCCUCCGCAAACCCCAGCGGGAAAGCAGUGGUGUGGGACCUGAGGAAGAACGAGCCCAUCAUCAAAAUCAGCGACCACAGCAACAGGAUGCACUGCUCAGGGAUGCUGUGGCAUCCAGAUGUGGCCACUCAGCUGGUUCUGGCCUCAGAGGACGACAGGCUGCCAGUCAUCCAGAUGUGGGAUCUUCGGUUCGCAACAUCACCUCUAAAAGUGCUGGAGAACCACACCAGAGGGAUUUUGUCGAUCUCAUGGAGUCAAGCUGAUCCUGAGCUCCUGCUGAGUAGCGGGAAAGACAACCGCAUCCUGUGCUGGAACCCCAACACUGGAGAGGUGAUUUAUGAGCUGCCGACAGCCAAUCAGUGGUGUUUCGAUGUGCAGUGGUGUCCUCGAAACCCCGCCCUCCUGUCAGCCGCAUCGUUUGACGGACGCAUCAGUGUUUACUCUGUUAUGGGUGGACGACUGCAGCAGCAGCAGCACAGCACAGUCGACCAGAUCUCCGCUUCGUUUGAUACUAAUGACCCAUUUGGGAUGGGUCAAACUCUGCCGCCUCUUCAGGUUCCUCAAGCCGCUGUGGAGACCACCAUUAUUCCUCCGUUAAAAAAGCCUCCAAAGUGGGUGCGGAGGCCUGUAGGAGCAUCUUUCGCUUUCGGUGGGAAACUGGUGACCUUUGAGAACCCUAACGUGGCUCCGCCCCAGCAACAACAACCAGCCAAUCCACUCCCUCGACAGGUGCAUGUGAGUCAGGUUACCACAGAGACAGAGUUCCUCCAGCGCUCCACUGAGCUGCAGAUGACGCUGCAGUCCGGAUCCUUCAGCAGCUUCUGCCACAGUAAAAUCCAGAGCGCUCCGACCGACGCCGAGCAGGACAUCUGGAGGUUCCUCAUGGUGAAUUUUGAGGAUGAAGCGCGUGUGAAGUUUUUGAGGCUUCUGGGAUUCAGUAAAGACGAGCUGCAGAGAAAGAUCUCCGCUUGUUUGGGAAGGAAACUUCAACCCAACGGUUUAGAUGUGAAUGACCUUGCAGAGAAGAUGCAGACACUUUCAGAUCAGAGAGCAGAUGAGUGCGCCGGAGCUGCUGACGGUUUGCCCGGUCGUGAAUCUCCUGCUGAUUUCUUCAGUCAGCUGCCGAAGAAAGAGAAAGACAAACAGCCCUUCCAGAUCCCCGUAUCCUCAGAUACAGACGGUUUGAUCAGUCAGGCGCUGUUAGUGGGAAACUUCGAGGGCGCUGUGGAUCUGUGUCUGAAUGACGGUCGGUUUGCGGAGGCCAUCCUUCUGUCCAUCAGCGGAGGAGAAGAACUGCUGAAGAAAACCCAGCAGAGAUACCUGCAGCGACAGACCAACAGCAUCUCCAUGCUGAUCUCGUCAGUAGUGACACAGAACUGGCGUGAUAUCGUUCAGAGCUGUGAGCUUGAUAACUGGAAGGAGGCGUUAGCAGCGUUGCUAACCUACGCUAACCCCGAGGAGUUUGCUAGUCUGUGCGAUACUCUGGGCUCUCGUCUGGAGGCUGGCGGCUCAGAGAAGCUCUGUCUGCAGGCCUGUCUGUGCUUCAUCUGCUCGGGGAACAUCGAGCGUCUGGUGGACUGCUGGACACUGCAGAGAGACUGCUCAUCACCACUCGCUCUCGAGGAUCUGGUGGAGAAGGUGAUGAUCCUGAGGAAGUCUAUUGAGCGUCUGCGUAACAUUGAGGUGUGUGUGCGCAGCUCAGCGCUGACCCAGAAGCUCAUCCAGUACUCCAGUAUUCUGGCAUCUCAGGGCAGCCUGAGCGCAGCACUGAACUACCUGCCCAGUGACUCCGACCAGGCUGCAGUGCGGAUGUUGAGGGACAGACUGUCACACGCCAAAGGAGAAAUACAGCAGAAACCCUCAGCUCCAGCAGGAGGCGCUAAACCUGCACCAAACACACACACUCCUGCAGCACACACAACGGCGCCAUACCCGUCCUCGGGGGCCCCUCAGAUGCCACGUCUCUUCAGUCCUCAGACCGGCCCCGAACCUCCUGCUGGAGCAACAACACACACACCCAGACCAGCAUACACACAACACCCUGCUACAGCCCCAGGUUUUCAUCCGUUUCCUCCGGCCGCUCCUCAGGGUGCUCCUGGUGGUUUCUUCACUCCUCAGAUGCCCUCCUCCAGCCUGGCGGGUCCCUCAAUGCCGCCCUCGUCUCCUCCGGGCCCCAUGAUGCCCGCUGGUGUUCCCAUGAUGAUGCCCACUCCUCCAGCUCCAGGCUUCCUCUCGCCCACGUCUCUCCCCGGCGGGCCGAGGUUUCCAGGAUCUGCGCACACACAGGGCCCCGCUCCUCCUCCCACCGGGGCGUAUCCGUCUCUGGGGGCCGCCGGGUAUCCACAGGGUGGCCCCGGAGCUCCUGCAGCCAAGAGCUUCAGCGGGGCCCCCGUCCCUCCGCCACCCUCAGGGGCUCAGGAUGGAUGGAAUGACCCUCCGGCUGUGCGUGCAGGACAGCGCAAGAAAAAGCUGCCAGAGAACUACACUCCUCCAGCACCGAUUACAGCUCCAGUGAUGGGUUUCCCAGCGGAGGCUCCAGUGCUUCAGGAUCGUGUGCAGGUGCCACCCGGAGCCCCUCAGGAGCCCAGCAUACAGUCCAUACAGCAGCUUCCUGCCGAGCGUGUGGAGCAGAAAGAAAUCCCAGCCGAACACAUGAUCCUGAAGACCACCUUCAGCAGUCUGGUGCAGCGCUGUCAGCUGGCCGCCGCAGACCCGCAAACGAAACGCAAGCUUGAUGACGCCUCCAAACGUCUCGAGAAUCUGUAUGACAAACUGCGAGAUCAAUCGCUUUCUCCCAGCAUCCUCGGCGGUCUCCACGAGAUUAGCCGGUGUGUUAGCGCACGCAGCUAUGUGCAAGGUCUGGAGGUGCACACGCAGGUGGUGAGCAGCAGCAACUUCAGCGAGAUCUCGGCCUUCAUGCCCGUCCUCAAAGUGCUCAUGACCAUCGCCAACAAGCUGGCCGUCUGAAUAUGACAGUGAAUACAGCGAGAGUUGCUGUCCAGUCUUUCGUUCAUCUCUUCACUGCUUUCCUCCAUGCCUUAUUUAUACUAAAACAAGCAGAGCGACUUCCUGCGAGAAAGGAAGCAGUGUUUGUGUAAACAGAGUUGCACUAGUUUUCUUAAAGAGACAGUUCAUCUAAAAAUGAAAUUGCUCCUAAACUGAUUUGUUGUUUUUUUUGGUGAUAAGAUAGUUUGAAGUAUGAUGGAAAAAUAGACAUUUGAUUUAUUUUUUCCUACUAUGGAUGUCUGUGGUUUUUAACAUUCUUCAAAGUAUCUUCUUUUGUGAAACACAGUACAAGUUUGGAUCCACUUUAGGGUUUGUAAUUGACUGAAUUUUCCUUUUUAGGUGUACUGUCCUUUUAAGAAUGACCCUGAAACAAGCAGAAUAAGAGUAAGAGCAUACUUCAGCCAGAAAACAAAACUGUUUGUAAAAGAAUUGAACAUUCGGUCAUCAGAUUAACCCUUAAAACAUGAGCAGAAUCAAUCGGUUUCCACUCAAACACAAGCAGAGGCUCUUUCUUGCUUUAUUGGUUCAUUAAAAACAUAAGCAUAACAUUUAUUGCAUACAUUGUUUAAUCAAAUGCAACAUUUUCCUUAUGAUGACCUUAAAAUAUGCUGAUUUAACUUGAGUUAUUUUAAGCCUUCAGUUCAGUUUGGGAGUUAAAGAUUGGCUGAUUGUCAUUAAAUCUUUCUGUGCAUAACUCUAUACACACACACACACACACACACACAUGCAGAAACACAGAGCAUUCUUAAUCUGACGAGCUCUAAUCUGAUUGGCUGGCUUCAUGAAUGCACGCUUGCAUUGAUUAAUAAACAGCGUAUUUGGUCAGUG